UCUGCGGUCCUUCGAGGACAGACUCCGCCCCAGCCCCCGCUCCCUGAACCCUGCCUUUUUCACCCCAUCCUGUGAGCCCCGAUGCCCACCUCAGAUCCUCACAGCCCCCGCUAAUGGAGCCACACACAUCUCAUAGGAGCCCUACAGAGACGCUCACAAACCCAGACACCUACGGACGUCCCCACAGAUGUCCGCAGACUACCCACUCUUCACAGAGAUCCAGCAAACCCCUUUAAGAGAAGUGAGCCCUCUGGCUCGUCCCCUUUAGGUCCAGCGCAGCCUCCUCUGGAGACCGGACUGUUGUUCCCACGGAGACUACCGGGCGUUCUGGUUGCCCUGGUGACUGAUCCUUCUCCCUGCCCGGGUUCCAGAGGUUUCAGUCAAGCCCCUCUCUCAUCGGCCCGGAACCCCUCGUCCUUCCCCACCCCCCCCCCCCCCGCCCAGAUCUGGCUGGAGCUCCUUUGCGAAUUUUUGCAGGUGUCCAAGUCCCCUCCCCAAGUGGUAAACUUGAAGGCAAGGCCUCUCACUACAUAGCAACUGCAGCCAGGUCUCAUCUAAGAGCCUUCCAUCCCUCGCUAACAUUUCCCCUUCCCUGCUUAAGACGAAAUCCUGACUUAAGGACUUGUAACAGCCAAGACAAAGCCCAGAGAUGGAAGCAGACCAGGUCACAGAAGAGCCUCAUCCCACAAUGGAUGCAGAAGAACAUCCCUCUUCAAAGGACCCCUCUGCCAAGGACUCACAGGAGCCCCCUAUUCCUGAAACAUCCUUUGAGCCUUCCAUCUCUGAGACCUCUUUAGAGCCCCUUACCUCUGAGAUCCCUUUAGGGCCCCUUACCUCUGAAAUCCCUUUGGAGCCUUCCAUCUCUGAGACCCCCUUAGGGCCCCACACUUCUGAAUCUUAUACGGCGCCACCUGUUUCCCAGGCCCCUUUAGAGCCCCACACUUCUGAAACCCCUUCGGAGCCUUUCAUCUCUGAGACCCCCUUAGGGCCUCACACCUCUGAAUCUCAUAUGGCGCCACCUGCUUCCCAGGCCCCUUUAGAGCCCCAUACCUCUGAAACCCCUUUGGAGCCUUCCAUCUCUGAGACCUCUUUAGGAUUCUCUGUAUCUGAGAUCCCUUUGGAAACCCCUAUCCCUGAGACCCUGUUGGAGACUCACAUGUUUAAGGUCCCAGAGAAACACCUUUCUUUUCAUAUCUCAUCACAAGGCCAUAUCACUGUAUCGUCCUCUCCGACUCUGAAGGAAAGCCUCUCUGAGUAUUCCUCCAGUGAGGUCUCAUGGACAAGGGGGUCCAUCCAGAUCUCUGAGUCUGAAAUCCUUCAAAAACACUCCCUUUCAAGCCCUUCAGCCCAGGUCCACCUGGACACAUCUGUAAAGGAGAAGGAAGAGGAAGGAGAGGACAAGGAGCAGGUGGAUGCCACUGACAGCAUCGCACGCACAGCUCAGCCUGGACACCAGCUGGGCAAGAAGAAGGGGAAGAAAGGAGUUAGCCGUUACACAGUCCAACCAGAAGUCUCUGCUCAGCAGACAGAGAUGGUGGAAGUGGCUCAGGCAAAGCAGAGAGAGAAGUUCAGUGUUCAGGGGAAUUAUCUUUUCCAAUGGGAGAAAAAUACAACCCUGAAUGCCAUCCAGACAGGUCUCUACAUUGGCUGGCGCUGCCCCCAUUAUCUAUGGGACUGUUUCCGAAUCGGAGAGGAGUCCAAAUGCUUUUGUGGGCACUUGUUGAGAGAGCACCAGAUAAUCUCAGACAUAUCUGUGCCCUGCAACGUGGCCCAGUGCCGCUGCCUCAUGUUCUGCUUUAUCCCAUCACGCCCAGAGGAGGUGGGUGAGUUCUGGCUUAAGAGACGAGCUACCUUUGACCCCAAGGCCUGGAGGGCCCAGUGUCGCUGCAAACACAGCCAUGAAAACCAUGCAGCUACUGGGUCCCAUCCCUGCAGGGUGAAAGGCUGUUGCUGCAACUGCUUUGAGUCUAAUUUCCUCUGUGCGGCCUGCGACCGGCGCUGGGAAGAACAUGAGACUUUCUUUGAGACUGAGGAGACCCGGCGACGAGGAGGGAGGCCUCAUGGGACAGACACUGUCAACACCUGGCGCAAGCCUCUCUGAGCCUGGCUCGAAUCAUCAAUAAAGCAAGGGGAAGCCACUGGAA